UUUCAGAAACGUGUGAGAAAAUGUAUUGUUCAUUUGGUGCUACAUGUUUAGUUGACCAGUUAACGCAACAGGCUUACUGCCGAUGCGAAGAUACAUGCGAAGAUAUAUUUGAUCCCGUCUGUGGAAAUGAUAGAGUUACUUAUUCAAGUGAUUGCCAAUUGCAAAUGGCUGCUUGUUUGCAGCAAAAAGGAAUUUAUAUACACCAUCAAGGAAAAUGUGAUGUGAAAGACCCAUGUGUGGAAAAAGAAUGCCAUUUUGGAUCAAAGUGUCGUCCGUCUUUGGAUGGUCAAACAGCAGAAUGUGUGUGUCCGGAAAAAUGUGCAACGUAUGGAGACAGUCGUGGUUCACGGCCUGUGUGUGGUAGUGAUGGUAGGGAUUAUCCCAAUGUUUGUGAACUAGAGAGAACAGCCUGCAAGCAAAUGCGAGAAAUAACAAUAAAAUACCAAGGUCAUUGUGAUCCCUGUGAAGGCGUUGACUGCCCAGCAUCACAGGUGUGUCAACUGGACGAGCAUAGAAAUCCAAUCUGUAGAUGUAAUGCAGUGUGUAGUCCAGAACUGAGACCAGUUUGUGGUUCAGAUGGUAAAACAUACACUAACGAAUGCACUCUGCGCGUCGAAGCUUGCAAAUCUCGCAAAAGUAUUCGCAUCAUCUAUACUGGGGAAUGCAGUGCUGGAGCCAAUCCUUGCGAGAAUUUAGAAUGUGGUCCCAACCAAGAAUGUGAUAUAGAUCGUUACGGGAUUGCAACCUGCCAAUGUCCACCAGCCUGUGAACCAGUAAUGAGACCUGUAUGCGGUACUGAUGGUCACACAUAUCAUAAUGACUGUGACUUGCAUCGGCAAUCUUGCCUUAUGAAGCGAGAAGUCACUCUUGCCUAUAGGGGAGAAUGUGGUGAACGUGGUCCUUGUCAUAAACAUGCCUGUUACUUUGGUGCUAUUUGCGUCAUCAAAGGAGGAUACGCAGUCUGCGAAUGUCCAACCUGUACUGAAGAAUUUGAGCCAAUAUGCGGGACUGAUGGAAUAUCCUAUACAAAUAUCUGCAAGCUAAAACAAGAGGGGUGUGAACAGAAAACGGACAUUGAUGUAGCCUAUACAGGACUUUGUAAUGGGUGUGAAAACAAGAAAUGUGAAUUCUAUGCUGUAUGUGAGAGUAAUGGAAAGAAUGAAGCUCGUUGUGUCUGUCCACACUCCUGCAUCAAAGUAGAGUCUUCAAUCUGUGGAACAGAUGGAGUUACAUAUUUGAAUGAAUGUGAAAUGAGAGUGGCAGCUUGCAAUAAAGGGCAAUAUGUUGUGGUCGGGUCCAGAGGUCCAUGUGACUUGUGUCAAAAUGUACACUGUAAGUAUGGUGCCAGGUGCGAGAACGGCCAGUGUGUUUGUCCAAUUAAUUGUCCUGACACGUAUGAACCAGUAUGUGCCAGUGACGGCAUGUCAUAUCCUAAUGAGUGUGAAAUGAGGAGAGAAGCCUGUAUUCGAAGUCAAGAACUGAAUGUAAUGUUCUACGGUGAAUGUGAAGAUGUUGGUAAUGCUGGUCAAGUUAUGGGUUCCAGUAGCAAAGGUUGCAUCGAAAAAAACUGCAAAUUUGGUGCAACAUGCCAACUCGAUGUCGAAGGUUUACCGCAGUGUGACUGUAACUUUAACUGCCCUCCCAACCGUAAGCCCGUCUGUGGAUCUGAUAAUGCAAUCCAUAACAACGACUGCGCUUUAAAAGAGGAAUCAUGCCGGCAGCAAACACAGAUUUACAUCUUGCCUAUCUCGCUAUGCGAAGUUAGAGAUAAUAUUAUGUCAUACGAUGCUAUAAUUGGCAUGGAUAUUUUAACACAGGCAGAAAUAAAAAAUAAUACCGCUGGUAUCACUUUAACAAAGAUAGAAAAUAGUGGAACAAAACCAGUAGAGCAAUUUUCUAUUUCAAAUAUUUCGAUUAAAAAUGAUUUCGAAUUAGAAAUCGAAUCUCGCGUUAGUCAAACACAAAAAGAAACUCUUCAAAAUAUGGUUUCAAAUUAUAAACCUACCAAAACUAAAACUAGCGAAAUUCAAAUGUCUAUAAAUUUAAAAAAUGAAACACCAAUAACUCAUAGAGCACGUCGAUUACCUUUUACAAAACGUAAAAUUGUUGAUGACCAAGUGACAAAAUGGUUGGCUGACGGUGUAGUUGAACCAUGUUCUUCCGUAUAUUCCAGUCAGACUGUAGUGGUAAAAAAGAAAGACGGAGCCCCAAGAGUUUGUAUUGAUUAUAGAGCGUUAAAUAAAAAUGUAGUUAAAGAUAAUUACCCUUUACCACUUAUUAACGAUAUAUUUGAAAAUCUUCAAGGAGCAACUACGUUUAUCAAAAUUGAUUUGCGUAAUGCAUUUUUUUAUUUGGAAAUAGAACCGAACAGUCGUAAAUAUACGUCUUUCGUCACUUAUAAUGGUCAAUUUCAAUUUUUGUGCGUACCAUUUGGCCUUUGCAAAUCACCUGCAGCUUUUCAGCGUUAUAUUAACACUAUUUUUAAGGAUUUGAUAAUUAAAGGUCAUUUAAUUAUUUUUAUGGAUGAUAUGACUAUACCAUCGAAAAAUGAAGAGGAAGGUUUCGAGAGGCUUGAAUCG